GGAGACUCUUUUUAGCUGUUUGCGAACGGAGCCAUCGAACAGUCGUUGAUCAGCUGGCGGCGAUGAGCGACGCCGCGAAAUGCAUUGGCUGUGCCCGCGGCUCGUUUUGUAAGAGCUCCACUGCCACUCCAAACCCCGUUCUCCGUCGAGUGCCCAUAACAUAAUAUCCCAUCCGGAGAAGCGCCAAAUGAAAUGCCAGCUGGUGGUGCUGGUUAUUCGCUGUCUGGAAUACACUCGGAAUGUAUCGCAAUAUACUCUGCCUGGCACUGGGCCUGAUCAUCGGCAUCCGGCUGACGGAUUUCUUCGAGUACUUCCAACUGACCGAAACGCAAUUCGGCAGCACGGCCAUUACCGAGAUCGAUGAUGAGGCCACGCCCCAACUGCCCACGGAGGAGGAGCUGGCCCAGUGGCUCCACAACGAGACUCGGGUGCUCUGCAUGGUGCUGACCAUGCCGAAGAAUCACCAAACCAGGGUGAGAAAAGUGAAGCGCACGUGGGGCAAGCGCUGCAACAAGCUGAUCUUCAUCAGCAGUCAGCAGGAUCAGGAGCUGGGCGCCAUCGAUGUGGGUGUUCCCGAGGAACGAAACAAUCUGUAUCCCAAGAUGAGGAAGGCCCUGGAGUUUGUGUACAAAAACUACGUCGAGGAGUACGACUGGUUCUUGAAGGCAGACGAUGACACCUUUGUGAUAAUGGAAAACCUGCGGCUCCUGCUUUACCCCUACGAUCCAGAGGCAGCGCUCUACUUUGGCCACCGAUUCCGCACUACUUUUCCGCAGGGAUAUAUGUCCGGAGGAGCUGGUUACGUGAUCAGUCGGGAUGCACUGCGUCGACUCAAUCUCUUUGCCUUUAACAAUACCCGCUUCUGUCCGCUUAACAACAUGUCAGAGGACAGACAGAUAGGCUUCUGCCUGCAGAAUGUGGGCGUGGUGGCUGGCGACUCCCGAGAUGAGGAAGGUCGGGACCGAUUUCUGCCCAUGUCUCUCAAAAAUAUGCUGCCCACCUUCCCCACCGACAAUUGGUUACACAAACUCACCUUUUAUGAACCUGUUAACGAAACUGGCUCUAGCUCGGGAAUUAGCUUUCACUACGUCAAGAACCACGAGUUCGAAAUGUACGAGUUUCUGCUGUAUCGACUGAGGGUAUUCGGAACUCCUUUAUCGCAGAGAACGCUGCCACCCAGAUUGGAGGACAAGCAGCUGCAGAACCAGAUGAAUUACUGGUCACAGGAGAAUAGCACCAAUCCAUACGCUUGGUUAGGGCAGGAAUAAUAUUAUAUAGUUUAUUCAUAGGCGAUAUUUAAAA